AUGGCUAAUAUAUCUUUUAAAACAAUAUCUCUUUCAAAUUCAACAACAACAACAACAAAUGCAGCUCGUCUUGGUGAAUUAGCAUUUUCAACAAUACCAAAAAUAAUUGAAACACCAGCAGCUAUGCUUUAUGUACGUUCCGGUGUUGUACCUGAUGUAACUUAUGAUCUUAUACCUGAUAAUGUGACUCGUUUACUUGAAAUUCCAUUGGGUAGUUUAGUUGAAUCAAUGAGAAAUCUUGAAAAUAUGGGAUCAUAUGGAAAUUUUGCACGAAUAAAAUAUCCAAUUUAUUGUCCAUUUCAUGAUUCUCUAGUUGAAUUACGUUCAGGUGGUAGUGGAAAUAUUUAUUCAAGUGUAUGGACAAAAUCUGGACGACAAGAAUUAAAUAUAGAUCGAUUUAAAAAAUUAAUUCAACUUAUUCAACCAACAAUAUAUGAAACAAUGUUUGAUGGUGAUACACCAAUUGAUAAAACAACAGAUAAACGUUUUAAUAAAGAUCGUGAAAGAAGUCGACGUUUUUUAGAAAAUUCAUUAAAUGAACAAACAAUAUCAUCAAAUAUUAUUAUUCCACUUGUUGGUGGACAUGAUAAACGUCAAAGACAAUUAUAUUUAAAUGAUAUUCAUCAUCUUAUAUCAAAUAAUGAAAAAAAAAUAUUCGGUAUUAGUUUUGAAGGUUUUCAUGCCUAUGGUCCAUUAACAGAAAAUAUUAAUAUUAAUUCAUUAAAAUCAUUUAUUGAAGAAACACGCACAAAAUUAAUCGAUUAUAAAAAUCUUCUAUUUACUAUGCCACUUCUUUGGCGACCAGAUAAUGUUAUACAUGGUAUUGAUUUAGGUUUUGAUCUUUUUUCAGGUGCAUAUGUUACUUAUAUUUCUGAUCGUUUUAUAAUAUUAACAUUUAAAUAUAAUGAUAAAAUAUCUUCAAAUACAAUUGAUACAGAAUAUAAUAUUAAUUCUAAACAAUAUGCUAAUGGUAAACAAUCUCUCUUAUUGAAUUGUAAUUGUUAUUCUUGUAAAAAUUAUACACAAGCAUAUAUUUAUCAUCUUAUACAAACAAAAGAAUUACUUGGUCGAACAUUAAUUACAAUUCAUAAUUUGUAUCAUUAUCAUGCUUUUUUUGAACAAAUUCGUGAAAGUUUAAAAACAAAUACAUGGAAUGAAUAUCGAAUAAUGAUACUUAAACAAUAUUCGAUUGAACAACAACAACAACAACAACAAUAA